AUGGCAGCAUCCCGCCGAAAAGGAAUUACCAGAAUUGCACAUCAUUUUAAUCGAGCAAAUUGUGAAAAAUAUUACCAAGGUUUGACAUUAAAGCUGAAAAAUGGAGUACUAAUACCAAUGCCACUUUUACCUGCAUUAAAGCCAACACCGACAACUGUUGCGGAUACGUCUGUGGUCGAAAAGCCAACUCCUGUUGAAACAUCUAGUCCAACACGCGCUUGA